GUGCGGCUAGGGUUUCUCCUUGUCACUCUUCCUACCCUUCGUCUCCAACCCCUCCCCGCCGCCGCCGCCCAAAACCCUCCCCUCCCCUCCUCUACUCCACCUCGUAUUCUAAUGGCGGCCCAACCCGUCCGGCAAAGCUGCUAGCGUUUGUAUCUAGUCUGUGUCCCAAAUAGCUCGCGAACCACCGCAGCAUCCUCCCCAAGCGCCGCCGCCACGAUGGCCACCAUCAACCCGUUCGACAUCCUCGGCGCCGACGACAACGACGACCCCUCGCGGCUGAUAGCCGCCGCUGCGGCGGCGGCGCAGAGGGCCGAGGCUAAGAAGUCCGCCGCGGCGCCAGCUGGGAAGGCGGCCCAGCCCGCGGCGGCCGCCAAGUUCCCGACCAAGCCCACUCCUCCCUCGCAGGCAGUGAGAGAGGCACGCGGUGGCGGUGCACCACCACGUGGUGGCUUUGGCCGUGGUGAACGUGGUCGUGGCAGAGGGGGAAGGGGAUAUGGUCAGAACCGUGACUUCGGUGGCGACAACGCCAAUGACUUCCAGGGAGGUUAUGGUGGCGGAGGCGCUGGAGAUGGUGCUGUAUCUGGUGGAGUAGAAGGGGACAGGGAGAGAGGCCCUCGCCCCCCAUUCCGUGGAGGAGGAAGGCGUGGUGGCUACCGAAAUGGUGACUUUGGUGAUGACUCUGAGAGGCCACCUCGGAGAAACUAUGAGCGCCACAGUGGGACUGGCCGUGGGUAUGAGAUGAAGCGCGAUGGUGCCGGGCGUGGGAACUGGGGCACUGCCACUGAUGAGGUUCUUGCGCAGGAAACUGAAGAAGUUCUGAAGGUUGAGGAGGGUGCUCCUAUGGCUGACAAACAGGGCGAGCAGAAUGAUGCCCCAACAGCAGAUGAAAACAAAGACAACAAGGAUGCUUCUGCAAAUGAGGAGGAAGAGAAGGAAGAGGAUAAGGAGAUGACUCUGGAGGAGUUUGAGAAAUUAAGGGAGGAGAAGAGGAAAGCACUAGUUGCUUUGAAGGCUGCAGAGAGGAAGGUUGAAGUUGAUAAGGAUCUGCAGUCUAUGCAGCCACUUUCCACCAAGAAAGGAAGUGAUGAAGUUUUCAUUAAGUUGGGUUCUGACAAGGAUAAGAAGAAGGAAAGCGCUGAGCGUGAUGAGCGUGCCAAGAAGUCCCUGAGCAUCAAUGAGUUCCUGAAGCCUGCUGAAGGAGAAAGAUACUAUGGUGGCCGUGGUCGUGGAAGGGGCCGUGGGGAGCGUGGUGGUUUUAGAGGUGGAUAUGGUGGGGGAUACAAUCGUGGCCCAGCUGCUGCACCAUCCAUCGAAGAUCAAGCACAUUUCCCAACACUUAGUGGAAAGUGAAGGGCGCUUAGUGUUGUCUCAGAGUAUUGCGUUGUCGCUACUGGUGUCACCUUUAAAUUUUGCCCGACGUUAAAUUAUUGUGCCACGGUUAAUUGGAACAAAUAAUGGUGUUGCAUGUGGCUUUAUUUCACCGUGUGUUACUUGACUUUGUAUACCGGAGUUGUUUGUCAGAAUUAGCUUCUAAUUUUGUAGGCUAUCUUUACCAUUUUGUUAAAGAUCGGCAAUCUUUGCAUGUUUUA